CGCUUUCUGCUUUCACUCCACUUCUGGCGUUCUGAGGUUUUAAGAUGCCUGAGCCAGCCAAGUCGGCCCCGGCCCCGAAGAAGGGCUCCAAGAAGGCGGUGACCAAGGCGCAGAAGAAGGACGGCAAGAAGCGCAAGCGCAGCCGCAAGGAGAGCUACUCGGUGUACGUGUACAAGGUGCUGAAGCAGGUGCACCCCGACACCGGCAUCUCGUCCAAGGCCAUGGGCAUCAUGAACUCGUUCGUCAACGACAUCUUCGAGCGCAUUGCGGGCGAGGCGUCGCGCCUGGCGCAUUACAACAAGCGCUCGACCAUCACGUCCCGGGAGAUCCAGACGGCCGUGCGCCUGCUGCUGCCCGGGGAGCUGGCCAAGCACGCCGUGUCCGAGGGCACCAAGGCCGUCACCAAGUACACCAGCUCCAAGUAGACUCGCCAACCCUGAAGGACCACCCUGUCCCCAUCAGUGACCGUCUCCUUGGAAGGGGACAAAGUCACGGCCGUCCCAGGGCUCACAUCGUGGCUGGAGAAGACAGACAAUAAACAAUAGUUAUUACACACAAUUAUAUAGAAUGUGAGAAAGGAAAGGUGGGUCACAUGUGGCAGUGCCUGUCAUUUUAAUAUGUUCACUAAUGAACAUGCUUCAUGUAACCAUAGCUGCUAACACUGGGGUCGCACUUAGCCAAGCACCGUUCUGAAGGUUUGCUCUAUUAACCCAGUUAAUUCCCAAACAAUAAAACUGGAAAGCACACGGGGAAGAAGAACCAGUGAUGAAGAAAAGGGGAGAAAUCAAAGUCCACCAUUGUCCCUCUGGCGUGUUUCGGGGACCUGUCCCUCCUUCUCUGGUUCCACGGUCCGUGUGUUCGUUCGGGUGUGAGCGGCGAGACUAUGUGUGAGCUCACAGAGGGAGGGCCGGGGGAUGCCUCCAGCACGGACCUUAAAUUGGGGGCCUCUUCAAGGGGUUUAAAGCCACACGUGGCCCUUGUCAUUGUUCAAGACCAUGACAUUUGAAGGGGCAGUGAGUCCGUGAAAUGCACUCUCGGAAUAUCAGAGGUCACAUCUUGAGUCAGCAGAGGUGGGCG